AUGUUUAGCAACCCUUCAACUAGGUUGAGGGAUGCUAUUAUUGAAGGAAACCUGCUGAUUGUGAAGAGAUUACUUCGACGGUUCCCUGAACUUUUAACAAAUAUCGAUUCAAGUAAUGGUUGGAGCUCUCUACAUUAUGCUUCAUAUUAUGGUAGAUAUUUAAUAUGUGUUUUUUUAAUUCAAAUGGGUCAUGAUAGACAUGAAAUUCUUAAAACUUUUGAUGGAGACACCUGUGUUCAUUUAGCUUUAAUGAAUGGUUACGAGCAAACAACACAUUUAUUAUUGCAACAUUUCCCUCAAUUUAUAGAUAAGAAAGGAAGCUUUGGUAGAACUCCAGCACAUAUUGCUUGUAUGCAUGAUUACCAUCAAUGUUUGAGUUUGUUGGUUGGUGUUGGGGCAAAAUUAUUUUUACCUGAUUGCAAUGGAGAUACACCUUUACACAUCUGUCUUGAGUUUGGAAGUGUUAACUGUAUGAGGCUUUUGGUGCUGGAAACCGAAAAUAUCGAUGAUCAGAUAAGAAAUAACGAUAAUUGGCGACCUAGUGAUGUUGCUAUCACCUUUGAAAUGAUGAAAUUAUAUAAGAAGUUAUUAAAAGAAUCUAAAGCAUCAGGGGUUACUAAGAAAACAAGCUUACAGUCAUUUAGAACUCCAAUCCUACCACAAAAAACUGCAUUUGAAGAUGGUCCAUCUCCUAUUUUAAGCAUCAAUUCACCUUCUUUAGCAUUAUUUUCUCAAUCUAAUCAACUACCACCGUUACCAAGAAUUUCUACAAGCAGGAAAUCUUCAUUUGCCAAUAAUGCUAAGUCACCUAUAGUUAGAGAUACAAGUUUCAUAUCCAUGUUAGCAUCGGUGGACACAUCUUUAAGUAGUCCAAUAAAUUCAGUACCUAAGAAGGAUUAUAACAUAACUAAUCCAAUAGAGAGAAAUUCUACUGAAACUUCGUCAGAAAUAUCACCUCGUAAGAACGAUUCGAAUGGAUCUAAAGAAAAAUUAGAAGCAGAUACUGGUUUAUCUAAUACAAUUAUGCAAAGUGCAAGCAAUUCUAAUUUAUUUAGCAGGUACUUGAAUUUAAAGCACACCAAUGAGAAUGACAAUCCAGUUAUUACGCCGGCGGUUAGUGAUCAUAGACCAGACACUAGGAAGGGUCAAAUCUUGACCAGUAGUUCAACUAAUAAUAGCUUUUUAUCUACACCAAGAAGAAAAUUAUCGUUAUUAAACAUCCCAGUGUCCAAAUUAAGGGAAGACAAAAAAUCAAACAGUGAACAUGAGAAAGCUAGGUCCUCAUAA